AAAAAACCACGCCAUGGCCUCCUCUUCCCUCUUCGCCGCCGGGCGCCGCCUUCUCCACUUGGGGCGCGGCAGGCUUCUCCAAGGCCGAGUCCGUCCCCACAAUCCCACUCCUCUGCUCCUCCCUGUGCGCACCGCAUCCUCUCCUCCCUCCAACAGCGCCGAGAGGCCGCCGCGGCGACCCCCGGGCCUGCAGUCCACGCUGUGGCCUCUGGGCCACCCGGACACGCUUCUGGUGCCGGAGAUCGAGCGCUGGGCGGAGAAGCCCGGCAACCGCCUCCGCCCCGUUGAGCUCGAGCGCAUCGUCAAAGAGCUCCGCAAGCGCCGCCGCCACCGCCAGGCCCUCGAGGUCUCCGAGUGGAUGAGUGCUAAGGGUCAUGUCAGAUUUUUGCCAAAGGAUCAUGCUGUUCACCUGGAUUUGAUCGGUCAAGUUCAUGGAAUCGGAGCAGCAGAAGCCUACUUCAGUGAACUGCAUGAUAAAGAUAAGACGGAGAAACCCUAUGGUGCACUCCUGAACUGCUACACACGAGAACUCAUGGUUGAUGAAUCCUUGGCUCAUUUUCAGAAGAUGAAAGAGAUGGGUUUUGUGUUCUGCAGUCUCCCCUACAAUAACCUCAUGGGCCUCUAUACUAACAUAGGACAGCAUGAGAAGGUCCCUUCAGUGAUAGCAGAGAUGAAAAGGAGUGGUAUCAUGCCUGACAACUUCAGCUACAGAAUUUGCAUAAACUCUUACGGCACACGGGCAGAUUUUUUCGGGAUGGAGAACACCCUGGAAGAUAUGGAAUGUGAGCCUCAAAUUGUUGUUGAUUGGAAUACCUAUGCCGUUGUGGCGAGCAACUACAUUAAGGGCAACCUAAGGGAGAAGGCAAUAUCUGCCUUAAAGAAAGCAGAAGCAAAAAUUGACAUAAAAGAUUCAGAUACCUACAACCACCUGAUGUCCCUCUACGGCCAGCUCGGGGACAAGUCAGAGGUGAAGAGGCUGUGGGCGCUCCAAAUGACAAACUGCAAGAGGCAUAUUAAUAAGGACUACACUACAAUGCUUGCAAUGCUUGUAAAGCUUGAUGAUUUCGAAGAAGCUGAGAUCUUGUUGAAAGAGUGGGAGUCGAGCGAAAACGCGUUCGACUUCCAUGUCCCAAAUGUCUUGCUCACUGGUUACCGGCAGAAGGACAUGCUGGACAAGGCCGAAGCGCUGCUGGAUGACUUCUUGAAGAAGGGGAAGAUGCCUCCUUCGAGCAGUUGGGCCAUCGUGGCAAUUGGCUACGCGGAGAAAGGUGAUGCUGCGAAAGCCUAUGAGUUGACAAAAAAUGCGCUUUGUGUUUACGCUCCGAGGAGCGGCUGGAUCCCGAGGCCUGCGAUGAUUGAGAUGAUACUCAAGUAUCUUGGAGACGAAGGUGGUCUCAAGGAUGUUGAAACUUUCGUUCAACUGCUGCAAGCUGCUAUGCCUAUGAACUCAGAUAUGACCGACGCUUUGUCAAGGGCUCGUAUGAGAGAAGAAAAGAAGGCUGGAGAUGCAGAGAACGAAGCUCUAAGCUCAACAAAGGCAACAGGAUAAUUUUACUGCAACUCUCAGGGCCAACUUAUUGAACCAUGUAAUUUAUCUAGUUAGUUACCAGAAUUCAUUUGAUAUUUUACUCAAGUCUGAAACUUGCCAUAAACAAAUUGCUGCCCGGUUCUCCACAGGUUUGUAUCAUAGUGCACCCGCAUGAACAACAAUUUCUAAUAAAACUAGUUAAUUGCCCGUGCGUUGCAACGGGGCAUACA